AUGACAGGUCAUAUCUCGUUCUGUUUCUUAUUGUUCUUAACGGGUUGCUGUGAUUGCACGCUACCACGAACAAUAUCAUCGCCGGCGCGUCGCGACGCCAAUGCUUACUGCCGUAUCUGCGCCAAUCACACCAUGUGCCGAUUUCCGUACGACACCGACGGCGCCAGAUGCGUGAAACUCGAGCAUGCUGAUCUGGAUGAGAAGGACAUAGCGAUGAUAAUCGAUUGUCACAACGUUUAUCGCAAUACUGUGGCAAACGGGGACGAGCAACGUGGAAAUCCAGGCCCGCAACGUCCAGCGAAACACAUGAUGGAACUGGUUUGGUUCAAGCGAUUCGAUGUGUGGCAGAACGUGCACGUGCUCGAUAUGAACAGCGUGGGAAACGUGACGUCCAGCGCUAGAAUUCACUUUCAUAUUCAAUCAUGGUACGACGAAGUAGAAGACUUCGAUUCCGCGGAAUUCGGGUAA